UUUCAGCCCAGCCGAAGAAUUACUAUGAGGCGCAUGCGGGUGUCGGAGGAAGAGAUUACUGGGUGCACUUCCACUCAUGGUUAACCCAGAACGGCCUCGUUUACUGGAAGUAUGCAUAUAUGACAGCUUUGCUGCUGGAGACUGUCGCGUCUUGAACGUCUUGCUUUUAUUCUCCUUUGUCAUCUUAGUGAGCUUAACGUGAUUUUCCCUACUCUGAUAUAAAAAGACCUUUAUUUAAAAAAUGCGAUGCAGAAGUGAUUUUGAAGAUGGAUCCAAUCAUUUCUAAUUUAAAGAUGGAAUCUAAUAAAACAGAUGACUCCAGUUCCAGUACCACCCAUCUGUAUUCCCAGCCACUCUUGCAGCAGCACUUGGGCCAGGAUAAUGGCAUUCCUACUGUCCAUGUAAGGCCAUUUGUUUCAUCCUCACAUAAAACCACUUUUAAAAUGCCAGCUUCAAGCCACAGCACAAAUUACUCGUACUGGUCUUCUCAGCAGCAUGUGCCAGCCACAUCUCAUCUGGACCCACAAAGUUGUCUAGACACAAAGGACCAUCAGUCUAUCCGGAGGUGCUCCUCGCUUUCCAACUUAUCAUUAGGAACUGAUACGUGCAAUACUAGCACAGCAGGAUAUCGGUACAACCCAAAUGCACAAGGAUCCCUAGAUAGAGUUCUACAGCAUAGGCAUAGAAGGGUACCUCAAGUUUCCGAUGUCGACUUAUAUUUACCGCUACUUUCUCCCACAGCCUGCAGUAGCUUACUCCAGCACUCGCCAGGUGCCAGCACAGGUUACCAGUACAACAAUUGCAGGCUAUCCACUGGUUUGGAGGCAGAUAUGUCCCUUUUCUCACCUCUGUCUUCACCAGUGAAACAAUACAUGGACUACAGUAUUUAUCAACCCAUCUCAUACAACCAAAUGGACUCUCCACUGGGUCAUCAGACUAAUAGAACGUCCCCAGUUCAACUUGAAGCACGCACCCAGAUGUGGCUGACUGAGCACAUGGAGCACAGGCUCAAAGGAAAGUGUGGAGGUGAACUUGGUCAUAACAGUGAUACUGGAACAGAGGGCUGCGGUGGAGAUGAGCAGUCACUAUGGCAACAGCGACAUCAAUGUGAUCCAGGGCUUAAACAGAUGCUGAGAGGGACCUCCCUGCCUGUCAACAAUCUGGUUAAGGUAAAAGAGGAUCUACUGAGACAAAGAGAGCAACAGAUAAAUAGACAAAAGCUACAGAUCUUGCUACUACAUGCGCGGAUCAGAGAUAAUGAACAGAAAAUACAUCAGGUCUUAAAGAGCCAGAGAAGGUUGUUUGAUGACUCUCACACCCGAAACAUCCAGGACUCAACAAUGAGAACUUCACGCAAGCAGCCACCUGAUCAGUUGUCCUGUGAUGAAGAACUUGUUAAGAAAUUAGCUGUGGCUGAACUUGACACAAUCCAUUUCAGCAAAGUCUUCAAGCAAAUUACUCAGAAAUAUUCAGAGGAUAUCAGAAAACUGGAGGAAAGGAUAAAAACGAGGGAUCGCUACAUCUGUAGUCUAAAAAGAAGUUUCAGCGAGAGAACAACCAAAACCAAGAAAACCAGCAACGCAUAG